GGCGAGGCGUUGGGGCAGCUAUGGAGCGCGGGUCCUACUUCCAAGAGUACAUGCGGUCCAAGGCGCUAGCCAACCCAAGUGCUGGCAAACAGGCCGUCGCCGAGACCAAGAAGCUGUUCACAGAUCGCGGCGCGUACAUUUCGUUCCUUGAAGUCCAGCUUGAGCGCGUCUCGGCGGCGUGCUUGCACACGCAAGGACUCGAGACACAACUGCACACGAUGCGCAUUGCUCUAGAGGCCGCCGAAGCGAAGAUUGGCACGGUGACCAAGCUUCUCAAACUGCACCAACAACACUCGGGCGAGAUGGUCCAGAGCGCAUCGCAGGACAUCAGCACGCUUCAGGACGCGAUCGAAGGGCUGCGGGAGGCGGCAACGAUCCAUAGUACGCAGCUGCGCCGUCUCGAUGCACGCCAGAACGAGCUUGAUGAAGUCCUGCAGUCUGUCGAUGCCCGCGGUCGCUCGGACUGCGACAGUCUCCGCAUGCACCUCGACACGUCCCGCGAGACAAUGGAGCUGCAAGUGCACCGGUACCAUACGCUAAUGGACGCCCAGCACAACCGAUGGUCAUCGCUCCAAGCAUCCCAACAAGAACUCGCUCGAGAGCUGAGCCUUCUUGAAACGCGGCUUGUCGAGCACACCGACAAGCACGUGGCAAUGGUGCGUGACGAGGCGACGGACCAGGGCGCGGCCAUGGAAGCGCGCUUCGUCGAAAUCGAUGAGAAGCUCAAGCGCAGCCGGCAGUCAAUCGAGCAGUAUUGUGCCGUCGAGCUCGCCCGGCACGCUUGCGCCGUCGAGACGCGCUUCGAGAGUGUCGAGCAAAAGGAGAUGGUGCUCAAUGAGCAAUUGGGUCGGCAUCAAAAUCGAGUGCAGCAGCUUUUGCAGCGGCACCAAGAAGACGCGCGGCUCCUGAACACGACGCUCCUCUCACUACAGAACGACAUUGAACGCGUCGAAGCUCGGCAUGACGCAAUGCCUGGAAAGGCACCAGCAGCAACAACGUCAAACGACGCUCGACUACUGACGCUUGAAAAAGACUACGCCAUUUGCAGAGAAGGUCUCGCCUACCUGCGCACCGUCAUGGAACAUUUCGAAGCCACGCAGCUCCAGCUCGUCGACGGCUGGAAUUCCAAGAUGGCGUCGCUAACGUCUCAAGUCGAAUGUCAUGCGCGCAGCGACUCGGUGCCAAUUAACGCAUCGGAAGUGGGCGAGCGACUAGCCGCGCUCGAGGCGAUAUGGGACCCCGCAGUGCUUCAAAGUUUUGUCAAGGGCAUCGGGCGCGUCCAAAAAGUCGAGCGCAAGAUGCAGCGACUUGUGGAGAACGUCCAGACACUGUACACGCUCGUGGAAAUGACGCUACCGAAGCGUGCCACCUUUGCGUCUGGAAUCCAAGACAAGCACGCGCAGCGUGAGUCGUCCAACGAGGUUCAAGAAAGCUCACCGCCAAAGAAGAAACCCAGCUCCUCGAAAAAAAGUGCACUCUUAGAGCCCGUGUCGUUGUCGUCGCCCACCCGCAUCGCAGAAAAGCCCAGAAAAGCCAGAGUAGCAUCGGUACUACGACACUAGUAGUCCACCUAAUAG